UUUUGCACAGUUUAUCUUGUUUUAACUGCAUGUUUAAAGUGCGAUUGUAAGCCUUUUUCGACUGUUUAGCACGCAGGAGGAAUUGCGCUUCAUUUUGUUUUUUACCGUGAUCGGAUAGGCAAAAGAGCCAUUUUUGAUUUUGCCAAAGUUUAUGCUGCACUACCAUAAUCAAACAGCAGCAUAUUAAAGUUUUGCAUGUAAGUUCUGUUUGAUUCAGCACUAACACUAAUCAUCGGCGGCAUUUUUUUGUCUGCUUCAUCGCACCGCCGAAACAAAUUGUAUUCUUGCUUGUAUUUUUCGUUCCGCACGAAGCGGAAUAGGCAAAAGUGUUUUGUUGUUCACAGCUGUUUUUUUUUUAUGUUGAGUUGUGUGGAGAUCAAAUUCAGUUUGUUUUGAUUUGAUCGCACCAGUGAAAUAUACACUGGAAAAAAAUAUUUUUGUAAUUUUGCACACUAGUACAAGUUUUAGUUUGUCAAUUUUUUUUUAAUUUUUUUUUCUUCAUCAUGUCAAGUAUGCCGUUAGUGAAUCAAAUCGAGCCGUACGUUCCUGGUACUAUUCCGUUUGCGCAGUUUUUGGAGCAGUUGGACUGGGUGUUUGCGCAUCAUAAGGUGGUUGAUCCGGCAGAGCAAAAAGUUUCGUUUCUCGCUACCUGUAGCAGGGAAGUCUACAGCGAGAUAAAGCUUCUUUUCCCUGGCAAGGAUUUGAAAGCUUUAUCGUUUAAGGAGAUUACGGAUGCUCUUAAAAAACGGUAUGACAAGACGGAAAGCGAUUUGAUCCAUCGCUACAGAUUCUACAAACGCAAACAAGGGCCGAAUAAAACAGCUGUGGAUUUCAUACUAGCUGUUAAGCUCCAAGCAGAGUUGUGUGAAUUCGGACAGUUUAAGGACAUGGCGAUUCGCGAUAAGUUGGUUUGUGGAAUCCGCGAUGAGGAGCUACAAAGGCGUUUGUUUGAUGAGGACGAUCUAACCUUGGCGAAAACGGAGAAACUCAUCACGAAUACGGAAGCAGCAGGAGAGAGGGUGAAAAUAAUCUCUCGAGAUUCCAGUUCGCGCCGUACGAGCGUGUUGAACAGGCUUGGGAAUCGGGACAAUCGGUCUGAUUUCCGAGAUCGCUCGCGUGGACGGAGUCGUCAGCCUAGCAGAGGAAGGAGCAGAAGCCGAUCAGUUUCGUUUGACCGUAAAAAUCGUUCCACUUCAAAGUCACGAAAUCUGUUUUGCAAUUUCUGUCGUAGAAGUGGACAUACACGUCGUUUUUGUUACGACUUGAAAAACAAGAAAAAGUCAGUGAAGUUUGUCGAUUCUCCAGCAGCAAAGCCAAAAUUGAACGAGUAUCAGAAAAGUUUGAGACGUCGAUUGAAUAGAUCCGUCUCGGAUGACGACGACAUGGACUGUUUGAUGAUAUCAUCAGUCAAUAGAAUCAACGAACCGUGUUUCCGUAACGUUUUCGUUGACGGCUUGCGGUUGAAGAUGGAAGUUGAUUGUGGCGCUGCAGUCUCCGUCAUCAGUUUGGAGAUGUACGAGGGAGAAUUCGAUCACAUACCUUUAGAGACGUGCGACAAGAAAUUAGCAGUGAUCAAUGGCAGUAAGUUGAAGGUGGAAGGAGAAAUAACAGUAAAAGUUGAGUUUAACGGCCAAGCGAAAACUGUUCAACUGAUCGUUUUGCGAAGUGGAAGUUGCUUCACACCUUUGUUGGGACGAGACUGGCUGGAUGUAUUCAUUGCUGACUGGAGGAAGGCGUUUGGAAGCAGCAGCAAUCAACUGGCAGUUUGCCCGGACCAGAUUGUUGCAGAGAUACAGAGUAAGAUUGCCAAUGUUUUUGAUAAAUCUUUAUGUACGCCAAUUAAAGGGUUCGAAGCAGAUCUAGUUUUGAAAGAUCAUACACCGGUUUUUAAGCGUGCUUAUGACGUUCCAUGCAGGUUGAGGGACAAGGUUUUACAGCACCUCGGCUGUUUGGAAAAGGAUGGAGUCAUAACACCAAUAGAUUCGAGCUUCCGUCGGAGGUCGGGUGUAUCUGGCGCACCGCAAUCAGCUGAAGCUGGUUGGAGCUCGCAGAAAUCGUCACGGUUUGAUUUUUGCGAGGGAGGAAGGAAGGAGUGUUAACCGGAAAAGAGCGCGCGAUGACGAUGACGAUGACGAUGAAAGCGUUGACGACGAUGCUGGCGGAUUCCUUGGUUUCGCAGCAGAUUCGUAUAUCUACCGAGGCACAUCUGACGAUCAUCCAAUGGUUUGUGAUUCGGAAGGUGGCGGCACAUCGGCGUGUUUACCGCCUGAGGAAGUUGAUCCCCAGGAGAGCCCAUCUACGCGACAGUGGUCGCAAUCGAAUCAACCGUCAAGUUCGAGUUGUCAUCCAGAAAGUUUGCGUCGCUCUAGUAGACCGAAGCGUCCUAAAAGGGAUGUCGAUUUUAUAUAUUAAAACAAACAUAAGUUUGAGUUUGUGGCAGUAUUGUUUCGCCACUAUCUGAAAAAAAAGUUAAAGCGGCAGUCAUGUUUAACCGCAUUCAUUAAAAAAAUGAAUACCUAUAUGGCAGUGAAGUUUGGCCAUUUUCAGAAAAAUAUUGUUUAAACUAAAGGGGGGAGAACUGUGGUGACCACCCUAGAAUACAAUCCUGUCUGAACAACUGGCUGGCUCAGUGUUCUGAUGCAGAGAAUAAAUGAGUUUAUAGUUGACUGUCGAAGAGUACACCUCGCGUUUUAUUUA